AUGGUUGAAUCAAUUAUGCAAAGACUGAAGGAAGAGAAGGAAGCCAAACGGGCACGCUUGGAUGGCAGACAUGACUACUUAUUUGCAAUCGUAGCUUCCUGUGUGGACCUGGACAAAACUGAAGUGGAAGAUGCCAUUCUUGAGGGGAAUCAGAUUGAAAGAAUAGAUCAGCUUUUUGUUGCUGGAGGUUUUCGUCACCUUAUGUUCUACUAUCAGGACGUGGAGGUAGCAGAUACAGGACAACUUGGCUCUCCAGGGGGAGUGACUUCUCUUUCUGAAAAGAUUAAAAAACCGAAGGUGUUUGUGACCGAGGGAAAAGAUGUGGCUCUUACUGGAGUAUGUGUGUUCUUCAUCAGGACUGACCCUUCCAGAGCCGUCACCCCUGAGAACAUCCAUAGGGAGGUGAGCUUUAAUAUGUUAGAUACCGCGGAUGGGGGCCUGCUCAACAGCGUGAGGCAUUUGCUGUCGGACAUCUUCAUUCCCGCUCUCAGGGCCACGAGCCAUGGCUGGGGCGAGCUCGAGGGUCUUCAGGAAGCAUCCAGCAUUCGGCAGGAGUUCUUGAGCUCUCUGGAAGGCUUUGUGGGCGUCCUGUCCGGCGCACAGGAGAGCUUGAAGGAGAAGGUGAGCCUUCAAAAGUGUGACGUAUUUGAACUGAAAACCCUGAAGGAGCCGAUAGACUACUUGAGUCUAGCUCAUAACCCCGAGACUCUGGAGAAAAUAGAAGCUUGUAUGAGAGUAUGGAUCAAACAGACAGAACAGGUCCUUGCCGAAAACAACCAGCUGCGUAAGGAAGCGGAUGACCUCGGGCCCCGAGCAGAGUUGGAACACUGGAAGAAAAGACUGUCCAAAUUUAACUACCUUUUGGAUCAAUUAAAAGGCCCGGAUGUGAAGGCUGUCUUGGCAAUGCUUGCUGCUGCUAGGUCUAAACUUCUGAAGACUUGGCGGGAGCUGGAUAUUCGAAUCACUGAUGCAGCUAAUGAAGCGAAGGACAAUGUCAAAUAUUUGUACACACUUGAAAAAUGCUGUGACCCCUUGUACAGUAGUGACCCUAUAUCCAUGGUUGAUGCUAUCCCUACACUUAUAAAUGCAAUUAAAAUGAUCUAUAGUAUUUCCCAUUACUAUAACACCUCUGAGAAGAUCACGUCUCUGUUUGUAAAGGUGACGAAUCAGAUGAUAUCUGCAUGUAAAGCCUACAUUACCAACAAUGGAACUGCGUCCAUCUGGAGCCAGCCGCAAGAUGUUGUUGUGGAAAAGAUAUUGUCUGCAAUUAAACUCAAGCAGGAAUACCAGCGCUGCUUUCACAAGACAAAACAAAAGCUUAAACACGAUCCAAAUGAGAAACAAUUUGAAUUUAGUGAGAUGUAUAUUUUUGGAAAAUUUGAAACUUUCCACCGACGUCUUGUCAAGAUAAUAGACAUCUUUACAACCUUCAGGACAUACUCAGUCCUGCAAGAUUCUAAAAUUGAGGGGCUGGAAGACAUGGUCACUAAAUACCAGAGUAUUGUUGCCACCAUAAAGAAAAAGGAAUAUAAUUUCUUAGACCAGAGGAAAAUGGAUUUUGACCAGGAUUAUGAAGAGUUUUGCAAGCAGACUAAUGACCUUCAUAACGACUUGCAGAAGUUCAUGGAUGUUACAUUUGAAAAGAUUCAGAACACAAAUCAAGCUCUAAGUAUGUUAAAGAAAUUUGAAAGGUUGAAUAUACCUAAUCUUGGUAUUGAUGACAAAUACCGGCGUAUUCUUGAAAACUAUGGGGCUGACGUCGAUAUGAUCUCCAAGCUGUAUAUGAAGCAGAAAUGCGAUCCUCCUUUGGGUCGAGAUCAGCCUCCCAUUGCUGGGAAGAUUUUGUGGGCCCGACAGCUCUUCCAGAGGAUUCAGCAACCAAUGCAGCUUUUUCAGGAGCACCCGGCUGUGCUACAGACAGCUGAAGCCAAGCCUGUGAUUCGCAGUUACAACAGGGUGGCCAAAGUCCUCCUGGAGUUUGAAGUUCUCUACCACAGGGCAUGGCUUCAACAGAUUGAAGAAAUUCACAUAGGACUUGAGGCAUCUUUAUUGGUGAAGGCUCCAGGCACGGGGGAAUUGUUUGUAAACUUUGACCCACAGAUAUUAACCUUAUUUAGAGAGACAGAGUGCAUGUCACAGAUGGGUCUGGAAGUGUCACCAUUGGCGGCUGCCCUGUUCCGGAAACGGGAUGUAUACAAAAAGAACUUCAGUAACAUGAAGAUGAUGCUGGCCGAAUACCAGAGAGUGAAGUCAAAAAUGCCUCCCACCAUAGAGCAACUGAUGGUCCCUCAUUUGGCUAAAGUGGACGAAGCUCUCCAGCCUGGCUUGGCUGCACUGACCUGGACAUCACUGAACAUUGAGACGUACUUAAAAAACACUUUUGCGAAGAUCAAGGACCUGGAAUUGCUGCUUGCCAGAGUCAACGAUCUGAUGGAGUUUCGCAUUGAUGCCAUUCUGGAAGAAAUGAGCAGCACGCCGCUUUGCCGGCUUCCCCAGGAGGAGCCACUUACCUGCGCCGAGUUCCUCCAGAUGACAAAGGACCUUUGUGUAAAUGGUGCUCAGAUACUAAAUUUUAAAAGCUCAUUAGUGGAGGAAGCAGUGAAUGAACUAAUAAAUAUGUUGCUGGAUGUGGAAGUUCUGUCCAAAGAAGAAAGUGACAAAGUAUCUAAUGUAAAUAGUGCUGAUUCAAAAAACGAAAGUUCAGGUAAGAGAUGGGAAGGAAAUUCCGACACCUUGACGUCAUCCCUCAAGGCCCCGGCAGGCCUCUUGCCUUUGGCGACAGUCCUGAGAAAGAAGAAGGAGACUGAGAUAUUAGAAGAGGAAGCCUGCGGGUUACUCUCCCAUUUUAACCAUCUAAACACGGAUGCGCUUCUGAAAGUUACAAGAAACGCACUGGAGGCCAUCCGCAAGCGCAUUCAUUCCUGCAACAUGGUGAACUUCCGGGACAGUAACAGUACAUCGAAGAGGAAGCAGAACAGUCUGCCCAUUUUCCGGGCGGACAUCACUCUGGCCAUUCCCAAUAUUGCCAUGGCCCCUGCCCUGGAAGACAUACAGCAGACGCUGAACAAAGCUGUGGAGUGCAUCGUCAAUGUCACCAAGGGCAUUAGACAGUGGAGCAGCGAGCUGUUGUCUAAGAAAAAGAUGCAGGAAAGACCAAUGGCUGCUUUGCAGAAUAAUGAAGACAGUGAUUCUGAUGCUGAAAUUGGAGAAAAUGAACCUCAAGAUACCUUUGAAAUAGCAUCUGUAAACUUACCCAUUCCUGUGCAAACCAGGAACUAUUAUAAGAAUGUGUCUGAUAACAAAGACAUUGUGAAAUUAGUCUCUGUGCUUAGCACAAUCAUCAACUCCACCAAAAAGGAAGUUAUUACAUCUAUGGAUUGCUUCAAGCGCUACAAUCAUAUUUGGCAAAAAGAGAAAGAAGAAACAAUUAUGACGGUUAUUACAAAAAACCCCUUGCUUUCUGAAUUUGAAUCUCAGAUUGUCUAUUUUCAAAAGCUGGAGCAGGAAAUUAAUGCCGAGCCGGAGUACAUCUGUGUGGGUGCCAUUGCUCUGUACACAGCUGACUUGAAGUUCACUCUGGCUGCUGAGACAAAGGCCUGGAUGGCCGUCAUCGGUCGUCACUGUAACAAAAAGUACAGGAGUGAGAUGGAAAACAUUUUUACACUUAUUGAAGAAUUCAAUAAAAAACUGAAUCGUCAGAUUAAAGACCUGGAUGAUAUUCGGAUUGCUAUGGCAGCACUGAAAGAAAUCCGGGAGCAGCAAAUCUCCAUUGACUUUCAAGUAGGACCUAUUGAGGAAUCCUAUGCCCUGCUUAACAAAUACGGUCUUCUCAUAACAAAGGAAGAGAUGGACAAAGUUGAUACUCUGCGCUAUUCUUGGGAGAAGCUUCUGACACGUGCCAGUGAAGUUCAGAACGAAUUAGUCUCACUGCAGCCGCGUUUCAGGAAGGAGCUAAUUAGUACCGUGGAGGUCUUCCUCCGAGACUGUCACCACUUCUACUUGGACUAUGAUUUGAAUGGUCCAAUGGCUAGUGGCUUAAAACCCCAGGAAGCCAGUGAUAGGCUUAUCAUAUUUCAGAAUCAAUUUGAUAAUAUCUAUCGGAAAUACAUCACCUAUUCCGGAGGAGAGGAGCUCUUUGGACUGCCAGUUACUCCAUAUCCUCAGCUUCUUGAAAUAAAGAAGCAAUUAAAUCUUCUACAGAAAAUAUACUCUCUAUACAACAGCGUCGUAGAAACUGUAAAUAGCUAUCAUGAGAUGCUUUGGUCGGAAGUGAAUAUUGAAAAAAUCAACAGUGAACUUUCAGAGUUCCAGAACAGGUGUCGGAAGCUGCCCCGGGCCUUGAAGGACUGGCAGGCUUUCUUGGAUCUGAAGAAGACCAUUGAUGAUUUCAGUGAGUGCUGCCCACUCCUGGAGCACAUGGCCAGUAAGGCCAUGAUGGACAGGCACUGGGAAAGGAUAGCCGCUCUCACUGGCCAUAAUCUGGAUGUGGGGAAUGAAACUUUUAAGUUAAGAAAUAUCAUGGAGGCACCUCUUCUGAAAUACAAAGAAGAAAUAGAGGACAUCUGUAUCAGUGCGGUGAAAGAGAGAGACAUCGAGCACAAGCUGAAGCAAGUGAUGAACGAGUGGGACAGCAAAACAUUCACAUUUGGCAGCUUUAAAGCCCGUGGAGAGCUCCUCUUGCGGGGAGACAGCACCUCAGAAAUCAUCACCAGCAUGGAGGACAGCUUGAUGUUGCUAGGCUCUCUACUGAGCAACAGGUACAAUAUGCCGUUCAAGGCCCAGAUCCAAAAAUGGGUGCAGUACCUUUCCAACUCAACAGACAUCAUUGAGAGCUGGAUGAUGGUGCAGAACUUGUGGAUUUACUUAGAAGCUGUCUUUGUGGGAGGAGAUAUUGCCAAGCAGCUUCCCAAGGAAGCCAAGCGCUUUUCCAACAUCGAUAAAUCUUGGGUGAAGAUUAUGACUCGGGCUCAUGAAAUGCCAAAUGUGGUUCAGUGUUGUGUUGGAGAUGAGACCAUGGGGCAGCUGUUACCGCACUUGCUGGACCAGUUGGAAAUGUGCCAGAAAUCCCUCACUGGGUACUUGGAGAAAAAACGUCUUUGCUUUCCUCGCUUCUUCUUUGUCUCGGACCCCGCCCUUCUGGAGAUCCUGGGGCAGGCAUCAGACACACACACGAUACAAGCCCAUUUGCUGAAUGUGUUUGACAACAUCAAAACUGUCAAGUUCCAUGAAAAGAUCUAUGAUCGAAUUCUGUCAAUCUCCUCUCGAGAGGGUGAGACGGUUGACUUGGAUAAACCUGUGAUGGCAGAGGGCAAUGUGGAAGUUUGGCUUAAUUCUCUCUUGGAGGAAUCUCAGUCCUCAUUACAUCUUGUGAUUCGCCAGGCAGCUGCAAAUAUUCAAGAAACAGGUUUCCAGCUGAUUGAAUUUCUUUCUUCCUUCCCUGCUCAGGUUGGAUUAUUAGGAAUUCAAAUGAUAUGGACACGGGAUUCAGAAGAAGCCCUCAGAAAUGCCAAGUUUGAUAAAAAAAUCAUGCAGAAAACCAAUCAGUCUUUUCUGGAGCUGUUGAAUACAUUGAUAGGCAUCACGACGAAGGAUCUGAGUUCCAUGGAACGAGUUAAAUAUGAGACUUUGAUUACUAUCCAUGUGCACCAAAGGGAUAUCUUUGAUGACCUGUGCCACAUGCAUAUCAAGAGCCCUACAGACUUCGAGUGGCUGAAACAGUGCAGAUUUUAUUUUAACGAAGAUUCCGACAAGAUGAUGAUCCACAUCACGGAUGUGACUUUCAUAUACCAGAAUGAAUUUUUAGGCUGCACUGACAGGCUUGUUAUAACUCCACUCACAGACAGGUGUUAUAUCACGUUGGCUCAAGCUCUGGGAAUGAGCAUGGGAGGAGCUCCCACUGGACCCGCAGGAACAGGAAAAACAGAAACUACGAAAGAUAUGGGUCGAUGUCUCGGGAAGUAUGUCGUGGUUUUCAAUUGUUCCGACCAGAUGGAUUUCCGAGGACUUGGACGGAUUUUUAAAGGAUUAGCACAGUCUGGAUCCUGGGGUUGUUUUGAUGAAUUUAACCGUAUCGAUUUACCAGUUCUGUCAGUGGCAGCCCAGCAAAUUUCCAUUAUUCUGACAUGCAAAAAGGAGCGCAAAAAGUCUUUUAUUUUUACCGAUGGAGAUAAUGUGACUAUGAACCCUGAAUUUGGACUUUUCCUGACCAUGAAUCCUGGCUAUGCUGGACGGCAGGAGCUUCCUGAAAACUUGAAGAUUAACUUCCGCUCCGUGGCCAUGAUGGUGCCCGACCGACAGAUUAUCAUCAGGGUGAAGUUGGCUAGUUGCGGCUUCAUUGACAACGUAGUUUUGGCCAGGAAGUUUUAUACUCUCUACAAGCUGUGUGAGGAGCAGCUUUCUAAGCAGGUACAUUAUGAUUUUGGUCUGCGGAACAUUCUGUCAGUUCUGCGAACGCUGGGAGCCGCAAAAAGAGCCAACCCCACAGAUACGGAAUCAACAAUCGUCAUGCGUGUUCUGCGAGACAUGAAUCUUUCUAAACUAAUUGAUGAAGAUGAACCCUUAUUUUUGAGUUUGAUUGAAGAUCUCUUCCCAAAUAUUCUUCUGGACAAAGCAGGUUACCCUGAACUGGCAAUGGCGAUUAGUAGGCAGGUUGAAGAAGCUGGUUUAAUUAACCAUCCUCCUUGGAAACUGAAAGUUAUCCAGCUGUUUGAGACACAGAGAGUGCGACACGGAAUGAUGACCCUGGGGCCCAGUGGAGCGGGGAAGACCACUUGUAUCCACACCUUGAUGAAAGCCAUGACAGAUUGUGGAAAACCACACCGGGAAAUGAGGAUGAAUCCCAAAGCGAUUACAGCCCCACAGAUGUUUGGUCGACUUGAUGUGGCCACAAAUGAUUGGACUGAUGGGAUAUUUUCAACUCUUUGGAGGAAAACGUUGAGAGCUAAGAAAGGGGAGCAUAUCUGGAUAGUUCUUGAUGGUCCAGUAGAUGCCAUCUGGAUUGAAAAUCUGAAUUCUGUUUUGGAUGAUAACAAAACUCUAACCCUUGCCAAUGGUGAUCGGAUUCCCAUGGCUCCAAACUGUAAGAUCAUUUUUGAACCUCAUAACAUUGACAACGCUUCACCUGCUACGGUGUCAAGAAAUGGAAUGGUUUUCAUGAGUUCUUCUGUCCUCGAUUGGAGUCCUAUCCUUGAGGGUUUCCUUAAGAAGCGCUCACCCCAAGAAGCUGAAAUUCUUCGUCAGCUGUACAUCAAGUCUUUUCCCGACCUGUAUCGCUUCAGUAUUCAGAACUUAGAACACAAGAUGGAGAUACCUGAGGCCUUUGUGAUCAUGCAGAGCAUUGACAUGCUUCAAGGGCUGAUCCCUCCAAAGGAGCAAGGUGCGGAGGUCACGCCAGAGCACCUGGGGAGACUGUAUGUCUUCUCCCUCAUGUGGAGCGUCGGGGCCGUGCUGGAAUUGGAGGGCCGACGUCGGGUGGAGCACUGGCUGCGUUCUCAGGAAACGCUGACCUUGGAUUUGCCGCCUCUAGCGGGGACCGAUGACACCAUGUUUGACUAUCAUGUCUCGUCCAGUGGUCAGUGGCUUCACUGGAACACGUGUACCGAGGAAUAUGUGUAUCCACCUGACGUCACUCCAGAAUACGGCUCCAUCCUGGUACCAAAUGUCGACAACGUGAGGACCGACUUCCUAAUCAAAACCAUCGCUAAACAGGGCAAGGCCGUGCUGUUAAUUGGGGAGCAAGGAACAGCCAAAACAGUCAUUAUCAAAGGAUUUAUGUCAAAAUACGAUUCUGAAAGUCACAUAACCAAGAGUCUGAAUUUUUCUUCUGCAACCACCCCACUGAUGUUUCAGAGGACAAUAGAGAGCUAUGUGGAUAAACGCAUGGGUACAACGUAUGGCCCUCCUGCGGGAAAGAAGAUGACUGUUUUUAUUGAUGAUGUGAAUAUGCCAGUAAUCAAUGAGUGGGGCGAUCAGGUUACUAAUGAGAUAGUACGACAGCUGAUGGAACAGAAUGGGUUUUAUAACCUGGAGAAGCCUGGGGAGUUUACCAGCAUUGUGGACAUCCAAUUUUUGGCAGCCAUGAUCCAUCCUGGGGGUGGACGCAAUGAUAUUCCCCAAAGACUCAAAAGACAGUUCUCUAUAUUCAACUGCACGUUGCCUUCUGAUGCUUCCAUGGACAAGAUCUUUGGUGUGAUUGGGGUAGGCCACUAUUGCAGUCAGAGGGGCUUCUCAGAUGGCGUGAGAGAUUCAGUAAAGAAAUUGGUCCCCCUGACACGUCGACUGUGGCAGAUGACCAAGAUGAAAAUGCUCCCUACCCCUGCAAAAUUCCAUUAUGUGUUUAACCUUCGAGAUCUUUCUAGGAUCUGGCAGGGAAUGCUGAACACCACCUCAGAGGUUAUCAAGGAACCAGAUGAUCUGUUAAGGCUGUGGAAGCAUGAGUGUAAACGUGUUGUAGCUGAUCGUUUCACGGUUUCCGGUGAUGUGACCUGGUUUGAUAAGGCUUUAGUACGUUUGGUGGAGGAGGAGUUUGGUGAAGAGAAAAAACCCUUGGUGGACUGUGGAUCUGAUGCUUAUUUUGUGGAUUUCCUGAGGGAUGCACCUGAAGUGACAGGUGAAACAUCUGACGAGGCUGAUGCCGAAAUGCCCAAAAUUUAUGAGCCAAUUGAAUCUUUUGAUCACCUAAAGAAGCGUUUGACUAUGUUCCUGCAGCUGUAUAACGAGAGCAUCCGUGGCACCGGCGUGGACUUGGUGUUCUUCGAUGAUGCCAUGGUUCACUUAGUCAAGAUCUCACGUGUCAUUGGCACGCCCCGGGGAAAUGCCCUCCUGGUGGGGGUGGGCGGAUCAGGAAAGCAGAGCCUGACGAGGUUGGCUUCGUUCAUUGCUGGCUAUACUUCCUUCCAGAUCACUCUGACAAGGUCCUACAACACAUCAAAUCUAGUGGAAGACCUGAAGAUUUUGUAUAGAACAGCUGGACAGCAAGGCAGAGGAAUCACUUUCAUCUUCACGGACAAUGAGAUUAAGGAUGAGUCAGUUUUGGAAUACGUGAACAAUGUUUUAUCAUCAGGGGAGGUCUCCAACCUAUUUGCUCGUGAUGAAAUUGAUGAAAUUAAUAGUGAUCUCCUAUCAGUCAUGAAAAAAGAAUACCCCAGGCGCCCUCCUACCAAUGAGAACCUGUAUGACUACUUCAUGAGUCGGGUCCGGCAGAACCUUCACAUUGUGCUCUGCUUUUCACCUGUGGGGGAGAAAUUUCGAAAUCGAGCUUUGAAGUUCCCUGCCCUUAUUUCAGGAUGCACCAUUGACUGGUUCAGCCGAUGGCCUAAAGAUGCCUUAAUUGCUGUGUCUGAACACUUCCUGUCCCCCUAUGAUAUUGACUGCAGUUUGGAAACCAAGAAGGCAGUGGUCCAAUGCAUGGGCUCCUUCCAGGACGGGGUAGCUGAGAAGUGUGUUGAUUAUUUCCAGAGAUUCCGACGGCCUGCUCAUGUGACUCCCAAGUCGUACCUCUCCUUUAUUCAAGGCUAUAUGCUCACAUAUGGAGAAAAGCGUGCAGAAGUGCAAACCCUGGCCAACAGAAUGAAUACUGGAUUGGAAAAACUAAAAGAAGCCUCAGAAUCUGUUGCAGCCCUGAGCACAGAACUAGCAGUGAAGGAAAAGGAGCUCCAAGUGGCCAAUGAUAAAGCCGACACGGUCUUAAAAGAAGUGACAAUGAAAGCGCAGGCUGCCGAGAAGGUCAAGGCUGAGGUACAGAAGGUGAAGGACAAAGCCCAAGCCAUUGUAGACAGCAUCUCUAAGGACAAAGCCAUCGCUGAAGAAAAACUGGAAACCGCAAAACCAGCUUUAGAAGAGGCAGAAGCAGCCCUGCAGACUAUCAAGCCUUCGGACAUCGCCACUGUCCGCACAUUGGGCCGACCACCACACCUCAUCAUGAGGAUCAUGGAUUGUGUGCUGCUCCUGUUUCAAAGGAAAGUCAAUGCAGUGAAAAUUGACCUGGAAAGAAGCUGUACAAUUCCUUCCUGGCAGGAGUCUUUAAAACUCAUGACCGCAGGAAACUUUUUACAGAACUUGCAGCAAUUCCCAAAAGACACAAUCAAUGAAGAAGUGAUAGAAUUUUUGAAUCCUUACUUUGAAAUGGCUGACUACAACAUCGAAACUGCUAAACGCGUAUGUGGGAAUGUAGCUGGUCUUUGUUCCUGGACCAAAGCCAUGGCUUCCUUCUUUUCUAUAAACAGAGAAGUGUUGCCUCUAAAGGCCAACUUGGUGGUGCAGGAGAAUCGCUACGUCUUGGCCAUGCAGGAUCUGCAGAAGGCCCAGGCCGAGCUGGACGACAAGCAAGCAGAGCUCGACGUGGUGCAAGCUGAGUAUGAGCAGGCCAUGACUGAAAAGCAGACCUUGCUCGAAGAUGCCGAGAGGUGCAGACAUAAGAUGCAGACCGCCUCCACACUGAUUGGUGGCUUGGCAGGAGAAAAGGAAAGGUGGACGGAACAAAGUAAAGAGUUUGCUGCACAAACAAAAAGACUUGUAGCCUACACCCCGAAAAGGGUGCUCGACCUUAUCGACUUCACUGUCACCAUGAAAGGUCUGGAAGAUCAGUUACUGGGAGAGUCAUCUCACAGAGAACAGGUGAAAGUUGGUGACAAGGAGGUAGAUGUGAUGGAUGGCUUCAGACUCUACAUUACCACCAAACUGCCCAAUCCAGCCUACACCCCUGAAAUAAGUGCUCGGACCUCUAUCAUCGACUUCACUGUCACCAUGAAAGGUCUGGAAGAUCAGUUACUGGGGAGAGUCAUCCUCACAGAGAAACAGGAAUUGGAGAAAGAGAGAACUCAUCUCCUAGAAGAUGUAACUGCAAACAAAAGAAGGAUGAAGGAGCUAGAAGAUAAUUUGCUUUACCGGCUGACAAGUACCCAGGGGUCCCUGGUGGAAGACGAGAGUCUCAUCGUCGUGCUGAGCAACACAAAAAAGACCGCGGAAGAGGUGACACAGAAGCUGGAGAUUUCGGCAGAGACAGAAAUUCAGAUUAACUCAGCCCGGGAGGAAUACAGACCUGUGGCAACACGGGGCAGCAUCCUGUACUUCCUCAUCACUGAGAUGCGCUUGGUUAAUGAAAUGUAUCAGACUUCGCUCCGCCAGUUUCUUGGCUUGUUUGACCUUUCCUUAGCCCGGUCGGCCAAGAGCCCAAUUACAAGCAAGAGGAUUGCUAAUAUCAUUGAGCAUAUGACUUACGAGGUUUACAAGUAUGCAGCCCGGGGAUUGUAUGAGGAGCACAAGUUCUUAUUCACCUUGCUGCUUACCCUGAAGAUCGACACCCAGAGGAACCGAGUGAAGCAUGAAGAGUUUCUCACCCUUAUCAAAGGAGGUGCCUCAUUGGACCUUAAAGCUUGUCCUCCUAAACCAUCCAAAUGGAUCCUGGACAUGACCUGGCUGAAUUUAGUGGCACUCAGCAAACUUAGACAGUUUUCUGAUGUCCUUGAUCAGAUAUCAAGAAAUGAGAAAAUGUGGAAAACUUGGUUUGAUAAGGAAAACCCUGAGGAAGAACCCCUUCCAAAUGCCUAUGAUAAAUCUCUUGACUGCUUUAGGCGUCUUCUCCUUAUUAGAUCCUGGUGUCCUGACAGAACCAUUGCCCAGGCCCGCAAGUACAUCAUGGACUCCAUGGGAGAGAAGUAUGCGGAAGGUGUUAUCCUGGACUUGGAAAAGACGUGGGAGGAAUCUGAUCCGCGGACACCACUCAUCUGUCUCCUGUCUAUGGGCUCAGAUCCCACGGAUUCCAUCAUUGCCCUGGGGAAGAGAUUAAAAAUAGACACCCGUUAUGUGUCCAUGGGCCAGGGCCAGGAGGUCCAUGCCCGCAGGCUCUUACAACAGACCAUGGCGAAUGGGGGAUGGGCACUUCUGCAGAACUGCCAUCUGGGGCUCGAUUUCAUGGAUGAGCUAAUGGACAUAAUUAUAGAAACCGAGAUCGUACAUGAUGCUUUCCGCCUAUGGAUGACCACCGAAGUUCAUAAGCACUUCCCCAUUACGCUCCUUCAGAUGUCCAUUAAAUUUGCCAAUGAGCCUCCACAGGGCCUCCGGGCAGGAUUGAAAAGAACAUACGGUGGUGUGAGUCAAGACCUGCUGGAUGUGAGCACUGUGGCCCAGUGGAAGCCCAUGCUGUAUGCCGUGGCUUUCCUGCACUCCACAGUCCAGGAGAGAAGGAAGUUUGGUCCCCUGGGGUGGAACAUCCCCUACGAAUUUAAUCAAGCCGACUUUAAUGCCACUGUGCAGUUCAUCCAAAACCACUUAGAUGACAUGGAAGUCAAAAAGGGCGUCUCCUGGACCACCGUCCGCUACAUGAUAGGAGAGAUCCAGUAUGGGGGCAGAGUCACUGAUAACUACGAUAAGAGAUUGCUGACCACGUUUGCUAAGGUCUGGUUCAGUGAAAAUAUGUUUGGAUCAGAUUUCAGCUUUUACCAAGGAUAUAAUAUUCCCAAAUGCAACACCGUGGACAGCUAUCUUCAGUAUAUCCAGAGCCUGCCUUCCUGCGACAGCCCCGAGGUGUUCGGGCUGCAUCCCAAUGCCGACAUUACCUACCAGAGCAAGCUGGCCAAGGACGUGCUGGACACCAUCCUCAGCAUCCAACCCAAGGACAGCUCCGGUGGAGGGGAUGAGACCCGGGAGGCCGUGGUGGCCCGGCUCGCUGACGAUAUGCUCGACAAGCUACCCCCAGACUAUGGCCCAUUUGAGGUGAAAGAGAGGCUGCUAAAGAUGGGGCUGUUCCAGCCCAUGAACAUCUUCCUCAGGCAGGAGAUAGACAGAAUGCAGAGGCUGCUGACUCUGGUCCGCACCACCCUGACGGAGUUGAAACUUGCCAUCGACGGCACUAUCAUCAUGAGCGAAAAUCUACGAGAUGCACUGAAUUGCAUGUUUGAUGCCAGAAUUCCUGCUCAAUGGAAGAAAGCAUCCUGGGUUUCAAGUACCUUGGGUUUCUGGUUUACUGAGCUUAUAGAAAGAAACUGCCAGUUCACCGCCUGGGUUUUCAAUGGCCGACCCCACUGCUUCUGGAUGACAGGCUUUUUUAACCCCCAAGGAUUUUUAACUGCAAUGCGUCAGGAAAUAACUCGGGCCAACAAAGGCUGGGCCUUGGACAAUAUGGUGCUUUGCAACGAAGUCACCAAGUGGAUGAAGGAUGACAUUUCUGCCCCUCCCACAGAGGGUGUCUACGUCUACGGCUUGUAUCUUGAAGGUGCAGGCUGGGACAAGAGGAACAUGAAACUCAUUGAAUCCAAACCAAAAGUGCUCUUUGAAUUGAUGCCCGUCAUAAGGAUUUACGCAGAAAACAACACUUUAAGAGAUCCUCGGUUUUAUUCCUGUCCCAUUUACAAGAAGCCAGUCCGAACGGACUUGAACUACAUCGCCGCUGUGGACCUCAGGACGGCCCAGGUCCCUGAACACUGGGUGCUCCGUGGGGUUGCCCUGCUCUGUGAUGUCAAGUAA